AUGCCGCUGAACCUCAUACCUGCCGCUGGAAUGAAGUUCACCACGUACGACAAGGCAUGGGCCUUUUACAACAAUUAUGCAAGAUGUGCAGGGUUUGGCAUACGCAAGAGGGCAAAACACAGGACAAAUGCCUACAUUGUCUGCUCAAGAGAAGGGACGCACAAGCAGACUGUGUCAGAUUAUCACCGGAAACGUCAAAAGACAUCAAAAAGGAUUGACUGCAAGGCAAAGAUUAGAGUCAAAAAGAGGAAGGAUGGCAAAUUUGUGAUAGAACUGGUUGGACUCAACCACAAUCACAAGAUAUUGGAAAGCCCUGGGAUGCUUUUGCACAUGCGAUCGCACAACAAAGACGAUCCUUUGAUAGACCAGAAACAAAAGUUUGCCAGAGAAGAGUCCCAAGAUGACGUCAAGAAACUUCUGGAUUUCUUCGAGAAUAUGCAGAAGAUAAACCCAGAGUUUUUCUAUGAUUAUGACGUUGAUGCAGAUAACCGUGUAAGAAACAUCUUUUGGGCCAAUGCAAGUUGCAAAGGAUCGUAUGAAGAUUUUGGAGACUGCAUUACAUUUGACACGACGUAUAAAACUAACAAAUUCCACAUGCCGCUGGGAGUCUUCGUGGGAGUGAACCAUCAUCUACAGAGCACCAUAUUUGUUGUUGCACUCGUGCGAGAUGAAACAAUGCCGUCAUUCGAGUGGGUUUUCAAAACAUUUCUGAGGUGUAUGAACAACAAGCCGCCAAUCUGCAUGCUCACAGACCAGUGUUCUUCGAUGAAGGCAACAUUAAAAACUAUCCUCCCACAUACUCUGCAUAAGUUGUGUCAGUGGCAUAUCAUGAAGAAGUACAAAGACCACCUCGCCUUGUUGUAUAAGGCGCACGAGAAACUCAAGGAUGACCUCAAUGCGGUGCUGAACCACCCACUAAUGCCGUCAGAAUUUGAACGAGCAUGGAAGGUGGACAAGUGCAUUCAGACCAGGAAGGCCGUCGAGCACGCAGAGACAGUAGCAAAUGAGUCAGAGGUAAAGACAACAACCCAGUUUGGGUUUGAAGUUCAGCUAUCAAAAGUGUAUACAAGGGCGGUGUUUGCAGAUUUCAAAGAAACACUCUACCGUAGCACUGCAUUCAGAGCAGAACGGUGCCCUGAGAACCCGACAAAGUAUCUCGUACACCACUACAAUAGAUCGGAUGCAUUUGACUGGGCAAGGCAUAAUUUCCAAGUGGUCGCCGAUGAAUAG